UCUCGUAACUUUGAACAAGUCACCACUGCAAUACCUUGGAUCGAGGUGUUUGCAAAACUGGAUCGACGUAAAGCGCCGCUUUUCUACAACUCAUAGCCAUGGAGGAAUAAUGCCUUGCGCAUGCUCAAUAAAUAGGCAUAAACACAUCCUGUAAAGACGAAGGCGAAUGCAUAGUCCACCGCGAGUUUAAUUUUUGAAGAUCCUUAUAGGUACUUCUCAAAUUAUAAUAAAGGCACGCGCGUUCGAGUCGAGUACUUUGGGUAAUUCAGAUGUUUGUGGGCAGCGACACAGUGUGAUUCUCAGAUACAGCCGAGCCAUGCAGUGUUGUCAGCAAUCGUGGUGUUUUCUUCUAAUCAUGAUAUUCUUCAGCCUUUACUUGAUGGCAUUACGUACUCUGCCUACGUUUAAGACUGGUAUGAAGAACUCUCUUAUAAUUCCAAGAAAUUUCAAUGUUCAGCACAACACAGAAACUCAAAACAUAAUCAUUCCUGAAUUUAAAGACAUCAAGAACCAGCGACUCGAUGCGCCUUCUAUUUUCACAUGGGGAAGUGAUUUACACAGAAUGGGGCUAAUAGAUGUUAAGAAAAGUGUCUUUAAUCUUACUCGCCAAAUUAUUCGACGAGGGGAAACAUUUAGCAUAAUUAUCAACGCGCAUGAUCAGUACGGCCGACAACGAGUGCGGGGUGGUGAUUUUUUGUUUGCAACUUUAACCAGUACUGAUUCGAGUACAGCUGGAAAAGUAAUCGACUUUAAUAAUGGUACAUACGAAGUUAUUUUCUUUGCGGCUUGGACGGGCACCACAAAAAUCAACAUUAUACUUGUACAUACAUUUGAAGCACUUCAUUUUUUAAAGACUGUUUUAUGGCCGAUGGAAAAGCGUGUAUUUUGGACAGGCACUUUUGCGCACAAUCAUCAUUCCGAAUUUACACUAUGUGAAGUAAAAUCUGUUGGAACGUGGGACAACAAAUGUGAAUUCCCAGAGCCAGGCGCUCUCGGUGGAAACACUUUACUUUGCGAGAAACCGAAAACUCUUCCAUGCUCUUCUCUUGUAUCACUCACAUCGAAAAAAAGUGGUUUUGAUGUUAUAGACGCCAUCUUCAAUAAACUUCGAGAGAAACAUGCUGAUAUAUUUUCACAGAAUGUAAGCUAUGUACAAUUCACCAAUGGACCAAAACAGCUGAUAAUACAAGAAUCCGAAGUGAAGUGGAUACGUGAAGCAGAGAACUUUACAGAUAUGAUAAGUAUACGUCCGUGUGGACCAGAUUUACCCCUACCACUAAGCGAUGGAUUUUGGUCCGGCAAAAAGUGGAAUUCAUUUGCAUGCGACACUAAGCGAUGGACUGCAGGUCAAGUUGAAAAAUGUUUACGUGGGAAACGUGUAUUUUUUACCGGGGAUUCAACAACAAGACAAUGGGGUGACGAACUAUUAAGGAUUCUCGGCCUUAAACCAACAACGCAUUCACGAUUUCUUACUAAGUUGCAUAAUCCAAUAAUUAAUUUUCAAUUCAGGUUUCACAAAUAUUGGUUAGGUUCAGUCAAAGAAGGUGUUUAUGACGGUCAAUUCGAAUCUGAUUUACUUGAUAGCCUUACGUCAUCCGAUUGCGAGUACAUAGUAGUCAUAAGUCCAUGGGCUCAUUACUGCCAAUGGACUCGAAUUUCAUUUACUGACAGACUUCUUUAUAUCAAAAGUGCGAUUAAACGGUUUAGAGCCAGAUGUCCGGAUGCACCAGUUAUAAUCAAAACUUCACACCCACGAUACCACGGCUUUAGUGGGAUUAUUCCAUUGUCCAGUGACGGAAUGCUAUUUGAAGUUCGUCGCAUGUUACAGGAAAUAUUUUCAGGAAUGGGUCUGCAUUUUAUUGAUAUAUGGGCAAUGAAUCUUGCAUACCCUGUACCAAACGUAGUUCAUAUGCCAAGGGAAGUUAUUUACGAAGAGCUUCAGAUGUUUUUCACACAUGUUUGUAAUAAUUGAGAACCG